GUUAAGCUUGUGAAGAUGCCGUGUGUCAGCUCUCACCUCAACCAGAUGGUGAAGAUGCCCUGUAGCUACAGCUCGGUGGUUGAAAAAAUCUUCAUGGUGGAGCAGAUGCUGUCGGAGUUCAGGCUAAAUAAAGAGGAGCUAAAAGAGGUGAUGAAGAGGAUGCAGCGUGAGAUGGAGAGAGGACUGCGUAUAGAGACGCACAAAGAAGCCAGCGUCAAAAUGCUUCCCACUUACGUCUGCUCCACCCCAGAAGGCUCAGAGGUGGGAGAUUUCCUGGCUCUUGACCUCGGGGGAACAAACUUCCGUGUGAUGCUGGUGAAGGUGGGCGAAGACGAGGAGAGGGGCUGGAAGGUGGAGACCAAGAAUCAGAUGUACUCCAUCCCUGAAGACGCCAUGACGGGGACUGCUGAAAUGCUGUUUGACUACAUUGCCGAGUGCAUCUCAGACUUCCUGGACAGACAUCAAAUCAAACACAAGAAGCUUCCCCUGGGUUUUACUUUCUCUUUUCCCGUACGACACGAGGACAUUGACAAGGGAAUCCUCCUCAACUGGACCAAAGGCUUCAAGGCUUCUGGGGCAGAAGGGAACAAUGUUGUGGGUUUAUUGAGAGACGCUAUCAAGAGGAGAGGGGACUUUGAGAUGGAUGUGGUUGCCAUGGUGAAUGACACAGUGGCCACCAUGAUCUCCUGCUACUAUGAGGAUCGCAGCUGUGAAGUUGGGAUGAUAGUUGGCACCGGCUGCAAUGCGUGUUACAUGGAGGAGAUGCGGACGGUGGAGCUGGUGGAGGGUGAGGAGGGCCGGAUGUGUGUGAACACCGAGUGGGGGGCAUUUGGAGACAACGGGGAGCUGGAGGAAUUCAGACUGGAGUAUGACCGAGUGGUGGACGAGACCUCAAUAAACCCUGGAUGCCAACUAUAUGAGAAGCUGAUCAGCGGGAAGUACAUGGGCGAGCUGGUCAGACUGGUCAUGAUGAAGCUGGUCAAUGAAGACUUGCUCUUUAAUGGUGAAGCCUCAGAUCUGCUGAAGACACGUGGCAGCUUCGAGGCGCGUUUCGUCUCACAGGUGGAGAGUGACUCUGGGGACAGGAAGCAGAUCUACAACAUCCUGUCCUCGCUGGGUGUGCUGCCAUCAGAGCUGGACUGUGACAUUGUGCGUCUGGUGUGUGAGAGCGUCUCCACUCGCUCGGCUCAUAUGUGUGGAGCCGGUCUCGCUGGUGUCAUCAACCUGAUGAGGGAGCGACGCAGCCAGGAGGCCCUGAAGAUCACAGUGGGCGUCGACGGCUCUGUCUACAAGCUGCACCCAUGUUUCCAAGACAGGUUCCACAAAAUUGUCAGGGAGCUAACACCUCACUGCGAGAUCACCUUCAUCCAGUCGGAGGAGGGGAGCGGCCGUGGGGCAGCUCUUAUCUCGGCAGUGGCCUGUAAGAUGGCAGCUUGCAUGCUGACACAGUAA